UGGGAUAAUUGGGAUAGUAAACAGUAAACAAGUCGAAUUUUGGCUAAACAAAAUUUGCGGAAAAAAUGCAAAGCACUUUCCAUCUAGAGUCGAGAUGCUGAUAAGAGUCCUUAACAAUGGCGCACUGCGUUCGUUUGCCAUAAACAGCUGCAUCGCUUGCCCGGCCUGCAGAAGUCGUCCCGUUGUAAAGCCAACAGAGUCAACCCUGAACCGGAACCUGAAUCUGAACCUGAACCUGCACUUGAACCGAUUCAGCUACAGACAACUGCAUGAUCGUAAGUGGCAGCGACAGAAUGCUCUUAAUGAACAGAGGCGUAAGGUGAUACCGAAGCUGGUGUAUCUGCACAAUCCGUGGAAGUAUCUGGUCACCAAGUUCAAUAUGUGGAGGCUCAAGUGGCUGUGGGAUUAUAGCUUCAGUGAGGCCGAGUUCGUCGAGGGGUCCAAGCAGGCGGCCAUUGUGAUGACGGACAUCAUACGGCAACAGAGUUCGGAUAAGAUUGGGGAAUACACGACUCCAGUGGGCUUCCAGCAGAUCACGCGGGACAUGCUGCUCUCCCGGAACGAUUCACGGCUGCAGCUGGUGCGCUUCGAGAAGGAGCAUCUGCGACGGGCGAUUCCCAUGAAGGUGGCAACCCGACAGAACUAUGGUCGCAAAUACGCAUUUAUCGAUAUGUUGUUUGUCGGUCUGCGUAACACGAAGGACUUCGAUUCGCCCACCGAACUGGUCGAGAUCAACGAGGUCCUGCGACGCAUGGAUACCGAACUGAAGACCCCAAAUGAGAUCAUCUCAGUGCCUCAUCGCAUCGUUUUCGCCGAGAUCUUUAUACGCUUUCGACGCGAUUACACUGCCGAAUGGCGGCGAAAGGAGGAAGCCGCUAAAAACCCGCCGAACAACUCGAAACGUCAUUAUCUGCACUCGGAGGAUCCGGAUUCGGAUUCAGAUCGAUCGUCGAAUCUUUCACUGGAGAACGUCCUGUCGCGUAUUAACGAUCCUGGCUGGUCGAUAUCCUUCUACAAGAUCCUAACAUUCGAUGUGCUCAACUUUGAUCCGCAGCCAAAUCAUAGAUGAUGGGCUUCCAAAUUUACUGUUCAAAAAAACUCAUUUCGCUCAUUUUCACUUUGAAUAAAUUUUUUUCUACUUAUACGUGUAUU